UAAAAAUAUAGUACCUGAUGAUUCCAGUAUAGAAGUUGUAGAUUUAACCAGUCCAAAUACUACCUUUGAUGAUGAUAUUGGUUACGAAGAUGCACUAGAGGAUGAGCUUAUUACUCGACAACCUAAAUGUAGAAAAAUCAACAUUAAUAUUCCACAAAACUAUCUACGAUUCAAAAGUUUAAAAUUUGCUUCUAAAUUAUUACGCAUUAAAACUCAUGAACAAUUAAAAGAUGACUAUCAAAUUAUGAAAAACUUAACUAAUGAAGAUCAAGAAACUGAAUCUAGACCCACUUUAUCAAAUUCAUUGUUGGCAAGAAUGUUUCAAAAUGAUCACACUUGUAUUGAUGAAAUUUCUCACGGAUAG